UCAAUGGCCACCCAGACGACCACAAUUGAAACUGUUUCGGUGGUACGACCUCUUAAGGUCAUAUCGUUUUUGUGCCUUUUGAUCGCAGUUGUUCUAUUAAUAACCUGUAUUACAACCAACUCUUGGCUGAGGUCUGGAAAUUACAAAUUUGGAUUGUUUCGUGAAUGUACAACUUCAAAUCAGAUAAACCAAAAUGUACCCGGAGCUCCUCCGCCUGGUCGAUGUCAAAAACUACAUAAACAUUCAGGUAAAUCAUACAUCACGGCUGUAGCUGUUCUUCUAACAAUUUCUGCAGUACUAUCAUUUUUCGCGUUAAUAAUGAAUGGGCUGGGUCUAUGCGUGCGAGUCAUUCAUCGCAAAUAUAAAUUUUACAAAAUUGCCACUUAUUUAGCAUUAUUUUCAGUCCUGUUGGAUCUCAUAUCGUUGAUUCUGUUUCCUGCGUGUUUCUACGGAGAGAUGAAGGAUUUUGGUUCUGGAGAGUGGGAGUUUGAUUGGUCUUAUGGAGUUGCUUGGGGAGCAACACUCUUUACAUUCGGAGCCGCGCUAUUGCUGAUAUGUGAUAAAGAACAUGAAGAGGUGUGUCACAAAGUGAAAACGGUAUAUAAUCCACCUCCAGAGCUGGGUACAGACUAA